GGUUUUUAAAUCGACCACCUUCUCACCGUUUAACUCAGCGGUGCUGCACCGAUGUGAGUCGUUGUGGGAAAUAGUGAGUUUUUGAUACGAGGCGACACUGAACAACAGACUUUGUCACCAACGACUUUACAGACUGACAUGGCAAAAGGGAAGAAAAACGCACAGAGAACUGUUGAACACAAAGUCGCUUCACAGACUUCAGAGACAAAGGAAAACAAACCGGCGACUAACAAGGAUUGCAUUGGUAAAGUACAAUCGAUAAUCCAGUGUCUACGGAGUCCGAGUAAACCUCGAUCCCCUCUGAGUGACAGUUCAAGCAUGUUGAUCCAGGAAGGUAAUGAAUCUGAAUCUGUGGCUCAUCCUGACACGUCAAAGCUGAAAAAAGAUGCACCUAAAGAAGUGAAACGCGAUAGUUGUGAGUCCAAAGAGCAGAAGGCUGAAAUGCCUUGUCACAGUCAUGGGACCAGAGAGCAAUUCACUGACCAGCCCGAUCAGAAAGAGACAAGCACUUACACAAACCAGGUCAGGUCUGCAGCAGACGGCAAAGUUUCAGCGUCCAAACCUCGCAGCAGAACUGGUCACAGAGGUGGAACAAAAAAGACAGAUAAUAAAGCUUCCCAAAACAGAAAGGUCACAGACUACUUUCCAAUACGAAGAAGUAACAGGAAAACUAUGGCAGAACUAAAGAGUGAAGAACACAAACAUCUUGACGACCUGAUAAAGAAUGGCAGUGAAGAUGGAAUGCAGGUGAAACACAUAGAAGGAAAAGGAAGAGGGGUGUUUGCUGUCAAAGACUUCAAAAAAGGAGAGUUUGUUGUGGAGUACCAUGGAGACCUACUGGAACUAGCAGAGGCUAAAUUAAGAGAGGCCCAGUAUGCUGAGGAUCCCUUAACAGGCUGUUACAUGUACUACUUCCAAUAUCAAACUAAAACAUACUGUGUAGAUGCCACAAAGGAAACAAGUCGGCUUGGAAGACUUGUUAACCACAGUAAAAACGGCAACUGCCAGACGCGGCUUCACGCCAUCGAUGGAACCCCACAUUUGAUCCUGGUGGCCUCCAAAGACAUUGAGGCAGAGGAGGAGCUGCUGUAUGACUACGGCGACCGGAGUAAAGCCUCCAUCAUGGCUCACCCUUGGCUCAAACACUGAAGUGUUAUGUAUUUGAGAUGAAUUGGUGCUCUCUGAUGUCCUGUUUUUUUUUUUUUUGUAAAAAGAUGCUGUAGAUGAGCAGUCCACAACAUUUUUUAAUUAGGAUGAAAAAAAGAAGAGAAAUUAGUUUUAAAUGGAUGCUAAAGCUUCAGCUUGUGAAACAUGUAUUUUUUUGCAACAGCUUUUAUAACCUUUUAUAUUUUUUCUUAUCUAUAUGUAGCAGAUUUAAUAUUGGAAGAGGAUUUCCCCCCUGGAGAGUUAGUUUCCUUUUUCUAUUAACUAUAACUGUAAUAUUCAUUUCUGCUAAUUGUAAAUUAUUACCUGUGCUGUAAAUUGAAGAAUAAACAGUUCAGCUCA